CUGACACUUUUGAGCACUGGAGGGGGAGACUGCAGCUUGCUCCUGGUAGACAUGAAGCCUUACUUCUGCUGUGCCUUUGUCUUCUGCUUCCUAAUCAGACUUUUAACAGGAAAAACCAAUGACUCGGACAAUCAUAGGAUGUUUUCAUUUCACAAUGGAGGUGUACGGAUUUCUUGUAAAUACCCUGAGACUGUCCAGCAAUUAAAAAUGCGGUUGUUCAAAGAUAGAGAAGUCCUUUGUGAACUCACCAAGACCAAGGGAAUCGGAAGUGUGGUGUCCAACAAGAAUCCGGUGUUCUGCCCAUCUCAGCUGUCCAACAACACUGUCUCUUUUUUCCUAAACAAGGCAGGCAGCUCCCAGGGCAGCUAUUACUUCUGCAGCUUGUCGAUUUUUGACCCACCUCCUUUUCAAGAAAAGAAUCUUAGUGGGGAAUAUUUGCAUACUUAUGAAUCACAGCUCUGCUGCCAGCUGAAGUUCUGGCUGCCCGUAGGGUGUGCAGCUUUUGCUGUGGUACUCGUCUUUGGAUGCAUACUUAUCAUCUGGUUGGCAAAAAAGAAGUACGGAUCCAGCAUGCAUGAUCCUAAUAGUGAAUACAUGUUCAUGGCGGCAGUCAACACAGCCAAAAAGUCUAGACUUGCAGAUGUGACCUCAUAAGCUGGAACACGGGAACCCAUGGAGGAACCACACCGACUAGUUCUCCUGAAACUUGAACCAAGAGAGUUCUUCUAUUUUCUGGACCAUAGGACAUCUUGACUUGAUUUAACUAUAGACGACAUCUACUGGUGGUUUGUUGGUCUGGAUCAGUGACCAUCAUCAGAGUUUCAGCAGACUGCCCUGGGUUUGCUGAGUCCUUUUAAAGCAAACCCCUUCUUAUAGAAGGCCCAGCUCAUAUGUAUUCAACAAACAGACCUCACUAAGAUAGAAUCCCCCCUCUCUGUGCCUGCUUCUAGCUAUGCACUGGUCAGGAAAACAAACACAUCUCCAGCAUUUUUACAAAAAUGCCAAGGGUGUGAGUCUGCAGGGCACACAGGCAGCCGAUGGCCACCGUCUGUCUUCAUUUUUCAGAUCCCAUUUUCUUUUCAUAGAGAUCAGCAUUCCUUCUAGAAUCAGACAGUAGAGGGAGAUGCUUCACAGCAGAAGCUCUUGUGUUUCUGAGUGUUGAUGUAUAUAUUUCAUGGAACUCAGGCAUUUGUACCAACAUGUUCUCAUCCAACUUCUAGACUCCAACUGAUCACUGCUUCAGGGCUUAGAAGCCUGCUCUUGCCUUCAAGUUUCCCCUUAAAGAUACUUCUGAAUGUCUACUUGGCAGCCUGUAGCCACUCUGAAUAGAAAGCUCAGCCUACAUUCUCCCCUCUGUUGCUCAAAAAAAAAUUAGUAGAUAUGAUUUUCCCAUAUUCUCCCUGCCAAAGUAAUUUUUUUCCAGCAAAGACAUCUAAAUUCAGUUAAUAUGGUUUGCUGUUUUGAUAUUAGUGGUAGUAAACAUUUCUCAGAAUCAAAAGCAAAUUAAUUUUGCUGCAGUGUUUUCUACCAUUAUCUGUGUUUCCAUGGUGCUAUUAAUCAGAAGCUUAGCUAUUUUUGUAGAUGAUCAUAUUAAAGUUGCAAGCAAGCACAGCAACCCUCAGUUAAUGGGCAAACAUUCUCCUGGGGUAGAAUAAAUGAUCUAUUUUGCCUGAAAGCUGUGGUUUCUGGUGAUGGCUGCCAGGCUACAGCCACACUUUUCUCUGGGUUUGACCAGUUGAAAUGGUCCCCAGGAGCCUGAGCGGUAAUCCAGACUAUGCUGGAGUCCCAAAGUUGGGAGAUGCCAUUGAGCCUGGGACAAGCUGCAGCUUUGGUCUCUAGGAUCUGGGAAGUACAGAGGGGCCAAGGCAGAGUCCCCUCUCCUAGAAACUGUGCUGCCUGGAAGUCAGCCCUGGCACUUUAAGAUAGUCUUCUUUAGAACAACGAGUUAGUUGGAAGGAUUCUAAAGUGUAAACAGCAUAUGACUGCUCAGAGCUGGACCAGUUUCUCCACUUUCCUUGUCUGCAUGCCUAAGACUUCUAGAGCAGCCAAUGUGUAUGCAACAUAAAAAACAAAAAACAAAACAAAACAAAAAAAAAAAACAACCUCAACCCCAAACUUUAAGUAAAAUAGGGCUGCAUAGGAGUUUUACGUUGUAGUUGCUUACUUACAGUUUACUUUAAAAGUGAGCUGUGUAUCAGUAUCUCCUUAUUAUGUGAAGCAUGUGUAAUGCUGGCUAUGUACAGUACAGUACUGAACUUGUAAUUUGAAUCAAGUAUGGUGUUCUCUCUCUUCAGAUGACUCGGGAAGCCUGGCUAGCUUUGUGAGGUCAUUCCCUGAAUUGGAUGGUCCUGUCUGUGGGAGGGUGAGGGUGCUUUACUCUGUUCCACGAAGGAUCCCCAUCCCAACACUGAACACCUAACAGUGAAUUCUUGAAGAACAAAAUUUCUGUGAAAUAAAAUCUGGCUUAAAGAGGAGCCACAUGCUAAAAGAUGUUAGCAAUAAUACGGAGUAAAGGCUAAGCAUUCAUGUGCAGCAAUGGGCUAUAACCUUGCCGAGGGUGAAGAAGUGAUGACCUUAGCUACCACAUGCAAACUAGCCCUCAUUCUCCAAUGACCUUGUGUACUUAUCAUGCACUCUAGCCCUCGCUCUCCAAUGACCUUGUGUACUGCAUAAGAUAGUUGCUCCCUUUGUCUCGCUUUUUCCCUUUUAAACUCUGACAUAUCCACAAGCUUAUAAGAGUCCGAAGCCCAGGAAAAAGCAUGCUCUGCGCCUGAGGUAGUUUCUGCGUUGACCUCCUGCCCCACAGAAUGGUGCCUAUUUCCUAUGGAAAUGAAGGCUGUACUCUUUGAUGACGUGACAGUCACCAAUAUCAGAAAAUUAACAUUGAUAUGUCACUACUCUCUAGUCUUUGGUCUGCAUUCAAGAUCUUCCCCUGGAUUCUAGGAUGUAUGUCAGAGCUGAAGGUUCUGCUGGGGACGUCCCUUUGUGUGUGGUGGUCCUGUCUCUGGAGUGUUCUUCAGUCUGGACAGUUCUCUUCAGCCUGUAUCCUGGGCUGCUUUGCAGGUCACAUGCCGUUCUUUCACAGAAUCUUCCUUUUGUGGGUCACUCUGAUGUUUCUUCAGGAAUGCUAUGACGUUAUUUGUCUUUAGCAGAAAUAACAUGGAAGUGGUGUUGCGCCCCCUAGGGCAGCUCACAUUUUGGUUUGUUAAGUUGCUGUCAAUGUUUCUUUUCAUCUUUUGACUAAGCUCCUGUCAAGCUUCUCCAUUGUAAAGGGAUUCUGCCUCCCCAACAGUCAAUAAAUAUGCUUUGUGAGAGAGUA